UUCGGCCGGAAAUGUCGACUGUACUACUUCCUGUAGAUGCUGACUGGCCUGUUGCGUCCCACCAGCAUUUUGUGUGUGUUGCUUUGGUGGUCGUUGCUCGUUCAUUUACGGGAUACACAGAAUGGCAGAUAAUCCAAGAACACUUGCUGAUGUGCAAAGAACUGUUCUGGCUGUUCAUAAGAUGACUGCAAUUAAAGGCACAUUAUCAUUUUAUGAUACUUGGCAUGAGCUCUAUGAACAGGAUAUGAAACUUUUGGAUUAUCAGGCUCCUCUCUUAGCUUCAAUGAGUUUAGCGGAUGUCAUGCCUGAAGACCGUGAUCAGGCAUUGAUUCUCGAUGUAGCUUGUGGAACAGGACUAGUAGCAAUGCAGUUACAGAAACUUGGAUUUUGCAACUUUCAUGGACUGGAUGGCAGUGAAAGAAUGUUACAAUUAGCACAGUCUAAAUCAAUAUACCAAACCCUUCAGAAAUGCAUUAUAAGUACUGAAUCACUUCCACUGUCUUCAGACACUUAUGAUGCUGUUUUGAUUGUUGGGGCGCUAAGUGAAGGACAGGCGCCAUGUACCGUUGCUCCUGAACUCCAUCGAGUUACCAAACCAGGGGGCUUUGUGUGCAUGACCACCCGGAGAAAUGUUUCAAAUCAACUGUACAAUUCACAACUGCAAGCUGUGAUAGAGAAAAUGGAGCAAAAAGGAUUGUGGGUAAAGGUAAUAGUACAAGAAAUAGAGCAGUGGGAAAAGGCAACUUCUGUACAUGAAACUGAACAGGAUUCUACCUAUAUCCCUGGGGUAAUCUAUAUCUACCAAAAAUCCAAGGGUCCUGAAUUUAAAAAAUAACUUGGUAUCAUGAUAAAAAAUAUUUUACUGAGAAUUAUGGAAGUAAAUCUUUAUCUAGAUUCACCUGCUUUUAAUCACAGAAUUGUUGAUGAAGUAACAUACUAGGGCUAGAAUAACUGACUUUCAACAAGUUGUAUAUCCUCUGCCGGAUCCACACUUUCAAUCACCGGUUCUUUGGCUUUCUCAUGUCCUACAAAGAUUGGAAGAUAGUCCGUCUACAGAACACAAAGCCUACUGUUUCCAACACUGGUGGGCCUGGAUAUCUCCAGACUGCGAUCCCUGCUGCCAACCUCAAAAGCUGUAACGAUCCAGAGCAGAUUCAAAACCUGGACUCGGCCGCCAUUAAUGCAGGUUCUUCAAAGUGCCGAUUGUGCAACCUCCAACUCUGACUCCAACCUUGACCUCCAAGCUGGGUCUUCACACACAGCCGCUGGAACCCCUGUCUCCCCUUCCCACGCCACCAUUCUGCAAUCCCAUCUCUGUCAGGUCCCACCGCCAGCUCUUGGGUCCUCGGAGACUCCAUCUUCCUCUCACUCCACCAUCAGGAACACCCAAAAUCUCCCUUCUCCUUAGAUAUGACCAAACCUCUUCUCCCUUCUGACCCCAUCUCUCAUCCAUGCUGGGUCUUCAUUAUUCCCUCUGACCUUUUCUUCUCUGAGGCAGAACGUUCUCAGUAAGGGCCUCACCUUUGUCCCCCUGCACCUACACCUCAGAGAGUUCCACGCCCACCAUGACGCUGAGCUUUUCUUCCUCCGCCUCCAUCUCCAAGCCUACUUCUUUGGUAAGGGCUCUCCACUCCACACCGAUGACCCCUUCUUCUGUCUUCAAUCCUCCUUCUCUUCCUGGACAUUCCACUCUGGCCUUCUGCCUGUUCCAGAUCUUUUUAUUGCCAGCUGCCGAUGGAAUAUCAACUGUUUCGACUUCAUCACUCCUCUCUCCAAUUCCAACCUCACUCCUUCCAAACGCUUUGCUCUCCUCUCCCUUCAUACUAAUCCUAACCUCACCAUCAAACCUGCAGAUAAGGGGGGUGCUGUAGUCACAGUGGGGGUGCUGGGAGUGGACCCAAAUGCAAGACACAAAAACACUAUGCUUGUUGCAAGGAGAGCAAAGCAGAAGCAGGAACAGCGUACUGGACAAGGACUCGGGCCUUGGACUAAGGGUCUGGGCUAGGACUCGGAAUCACGGACUGCAGGGGCCAGGACUUGAUACUUGGAGCCGCCGGGGCCAGUACUCUUCCUAUUCACGGGACAGACUCAGACACAGAGCAUAAAACAUAGAGCCAGGAAUCCUCCUUAGACACAGGACGGAGUCGGGACUCUUCUUGACGCAGGGUCAGGACCCUUCCAGGGUACAGGGCUGGGACCCCUUUUAGACGCACGACAUGGAUACGGAGACCACACAACGAUGGACAGAACUAUAACUGGGCUCCAGUAUGCUCCAAGCCGCGGCGAGCUCUUGACUCACCCCGGCGGGUUAACUUUGACUGACCCGUACUGACAAGGGAAGGCGGCUUGCUGGCACUUGCUUUGGGAGGAGACUAGGCUUGCUCCGGCCAGAUGACAUUGGCUUGCAGUACCUUCGGUGACUUUGUUAAUGCUCUCGCGCCGAAUAGCUGAAAGCCGGAGACUAAUAAACUGCCGGUUCAGCCGAGAGUAAAUUGCCUCCAAUCACCAAGCCCGAGGAGCACGGGAAAACGGGGAACCAAAGGAAAACAGGGAGCCAACGGUCCGGCUCGUAACACAAACGAAGUAAAUUUAAAGGGAACCUGAUCCAGACCAUGACAGUAGUAGUCUGGCUUACUGACCUCUACCUUGCUGAGGCCCAGCGACAACUCUCAGACACUUGCUCUUAGUUACCCGUCAAACAGGACCCCACUAAGGAGCACCAAGCCAUUGUUUCCCACACCAUCACCGACUUUAUUAGUUCUGGGGAUCACCCAUCCACUGCCACAAAUCUCAUAGUUCCUGCGCCCUGCACCUCCCAUUUCUACCUCCUACCCAAGAUCCACAAACCUGCUUAUUCAGGUAGACCCAUUGUUUCAGUUUGUUCCCGCCCCACCGAACUCAUAUCUGCAUACCUCAACUCUAGUUCAGUCCCUCCCUACCUACAUUCUUGACACUUCACAUGCUCUGGAUCUUCUCAACGAUUUCAAGUUCCGUAGCCCCUGUCAUUUUAUUUUUACUAUGGAUGUCCAAUCCCUAUACACCUCCAUUCCCCAUUAGGAAGGCCUCAAAGCUCUCUGUUUCUUUCUGGACACCAGACCCAUCCAAUUCCCCUCCACCACCACUCUCCUCAGUCUAGCGAAACAUCCUCACUCUUAAUUUCUUUUUUGGUUUUCCUGUUUCCUUCAAACAAAAGGUGUAGCCAAGGGUACUUGCAUGGGUCCCAGCUAUGCCUGCCUUUUUGACAGCCAUGUGCAACAAUCCAUGUUCCAAGUCUACACUGGUGUCUGACCUCCACUUUUCCUAUGUUACAUCGCCGACUGCAUUGGUGCUGCUUCCUGCAGACAUGCAAAGCUCAUCGACUUCAUCAACUUUGCCUCCAGCUUCCACCCUGUUCUCAAAUUUACCUGCUCCAUUUCCGACACCUCCCUCCCCUUUCUAGAUCUCUCUGCUUCUACCUCGAGUCAGUUUAUCUUCUGAUGUUUAUUAUAAACCCACGGAUUCUUGCAGCUACCUGGACUAUUCCUCUUCCCACCCUGAUACUUAUAAAAAUGCCAUCCCCUUCUCUCAAUUCCUCCGUCUCCGCGCAUUUGCUCUCAGGAUGAAGUUUUUCAUUCCAGAAUGAAGGAGAUGUCCUCCUUUUUCAAAGAAAGGGGCUUCCCUGCCUCCACCAUCAACACUGCCCUCAACUGCAUCUCUUCCAUUUCACGCAUGUCUACCCUCACUCCAUCCUCCCACAACCCUACCAAGGAUAGGGUUCCUCUUGUCCUCACCUACCAUCCCAUCAGCCUCUGCAUCCAGCACAUAAUUUUCCAAAACCUCUGUCAUCUCUAAUGGGAUCCCACUACCAAGCACACCUUUCCCUCCUCCCCACUUUCUGCUUUCCACAGGGAUCACUCCCUACACGACUCACUUGUGCAUUCGUCCCUCCCCACUGAUCUCCCUCCUGGCACCUAGCCUUGCAAGCAGCACAAGUGCUACACCUGCCCCUACACCUCCUCCCUCACUACCAUUCAGGGCCCCAAACAGUCCUUACAGGCGAGGCAACACUUAACCUCUGAGCCUAUUAGGGUCAUAUUCUGUAUCCAGUGCUCCUGAUGUGACCUCCUGAAUAUCGGUGAGACUCAACGUAGAUUGGGAGACCGCUUUGCUGAGCACUACAUUCUUGUCAGAAGAAACGGGAUCUCCCAGUGACCACCCAUAUUAAUUCCACUUCCCAUUCCCAUUCCUAUAUGUCGAUCCAUGGCCUCCUCUACUGUUGCAAUGAGACCACACUCAGGUUGGAGGAACAACACCUUAUAUUCUGUCUGGGUAGCGUGCAACCUGAUAGCGUGAACAUCAAUUUCUCGACUUCCAGUAAUUCCACCCCCCCCCACCAUUGCCCAUCCCCUUUUCCCUUUCUCACCUUAUCUCCUUGCCUGCCCAUCGCCUCCCUCUGGUGCUCCUGCUUCUCCCCCUUUCUUCCAUGGCUUUUUGUCCUCUCUUAUUAGAUUCCCCACCCCCCCAUCUCCAGCCAUGUAUCUCUUUUACCAAUCAACUUCCCAGCUCUUUACUUCACCUCUCCCCCUCCUGGUUUCACCUAUCACCUUGUGUUUCUCCCUCCCCUCCCCUCACCUUUUAAAUCUACUCCUCACCUUUUAAAUCUACUGCUCAUCUUUAUUUCUCCAGUCUCGGCCCGAAACAUCAACUAUUUUCCUAUAGAUGCUGCCUGCCCUGCUGAGUUCCUUCAGCAUUUUGUGUGUGUUGCUUGGAUUUCCAGCAUCUGAGGAUUUUCUCUUGGUUUAUUCACAAGGGAAUACGAGUAUACACAGACCUUGAUUUACAUAUGCAGAAUAUGGGAUUGCUUAAUAAAUAUUCAAGUGUAUUUGUAUUAUCAGGAUAAUUAGUUACACCACAAUAUUAAUUAUCAAUAUCCUGAUUUGAAAUGAGAAUGUUGGAAUACUUUAGGAACUAUUGAUACAGUACUACCAAGAAAAACUGCCAUCUUUUCCUGGUCUGGCCUACACUUGAUUCCGACUCCUUCACUAUGGUUGACUGCUAACUGUGAUCUUCAUUCAAUUCCAAAACUUUAAUCAUUGUAAAAUUUGAUGCUUCCUAAUAAAUGUAGUAUUUGUACUAUUAUUAAAGUUCUUAUAAAGUUUUUAAUCGGGAUGGCAAUGAUCACUGCCCUCCUGCAUGUCUCCAGACCUGGACUGCCUGCAACAGGUAUAUUAAAAAACUGGAAGAAUACCAGCAAUGCUGAUUUUGCAAAAUCCUUCAAAUUCACUAGAAGGAGAAGUGUUGUCACCUCCAAGGCCAACUUCUGCAGUAAUGAGCAAAAAAGUAAAAUCUUGAUGGAAUUCCAGUUUAGGUAGCAUAUGUAGAGGGAAGUGGACAGACAACUGGAUGAAGAGACUAGAUCCAAACCACCAAUUGUGUAUUUCCUGCUACAGGUGCUGCUUGACAAUCUGAGUUUCUCCAACAUUUUAUUUUUUUGCUCCAGAUUCCAACAACUGCAAUCUCUUGUAUUCCUAGUAAUGAGGCUUCAAUUACAUAUUGUUAGGCAGUCGUAUGUUUGUAGGCCUGGCAACCGGACUCCAAACUGAACUCUCCAUGACAGCUCUAUCAUAAUAAGAGGUUGCCAGACAGACAAAAGAGAAGUUUAAAAAAUGUACUCAGAGCCUUCUAAGAAAAUCCAACAUCCCAACUGACUCCCGGACCCUAUGCCCACUCAGAGUACUGAAAGAGCAUUCUGGAAGGUCACAGUCUGUGAAAGAGAUUGCAUUUUCCACAAUGGCCACAUCAGUCACAUAUGAACCAGAGUGAAAGUAAACCAUUAUGAAUUCUGAGGGAUUACUCAGGAAAAGGAGUUUAGUGCAAACCUUAGACAUGAACUGUUACAAGUCCUAUGAAUCAAUGUUUUAUUCAUCAUCCUCCCUCCCUUAUUGUGGCUGAGCUACUGGAAGACUAUUAAAUAUAAUAUAAAAGAGCCAAAUUUAAAGUUUCUCUGAUUUAAUUUGAUCAAGUACUUUAAUGGCAUUUCAAAAAGUACCAUUUGUGUCUGGUAGUUAGCUGUAUGUAACAGAAGCUAUUUUAUCAGACAUCAUCUCAUUGAUUAGCAUACUGUUUAUAUUACAGGUAGUAAACAAAAUUUGAAGGUUAGGAUAAUGAUUUGUAGACUUGAGUUCAAAUCCCACUUUUGCAGCUAUAAACUUUAAAUUCCUCAUUGUCACUAUUUUGGAGUACCUGUCCUGGUCCCAGCAUGUAAGUGCAGUUACGAAGAAAGCAUGGCAGCACCUCUACUUCCUUAGAAGUUUGUGAAGAUUUGGCAUGACAUCUAAAACCUUGACAAACUUCUGUAGAUGUAUGGUGGAGAGUAUGAUGACUGGUUGCAUCAUGGCCUGGUAUGGAAACACCAAUAUGCUUAAAUGGAAAAUCCUACAAAAAGUAGCCCAGUCCAUCACAGGUAAAGUUCUCCCCACCAUUGAGCACAUUUACACGGAGCGUAGUCACAGUAAAGCAGCACCCAUGCCAUGCUCUCUUCUUACUACUGCAAUCAAGAAGGUACAGGAGCCUUAGGAUCCUCAUCACCAGGUUCAUGAACAGUUAUUACCCCUCAACUAUCAAGCUCAUGAACUAGAGGGGAUCACUUCACUUGCCCCAACACUGACCUGUUCCCACUACCUAUGAAAUCACUUUCAAGGACUCUUCAUCUCAUGUUCUCAAUAUUUAUUGCCUUCUUUUUCUUUUAUAUUUGCACAUUUUGUGUCUUCUGCAUAUUGGUUGUCCAUCCUAUUGGGUGUGGUCUUUCACUGAUUCUAUUGUGUUUGAAUUUACUGUGUAUACCUGCAAGAAAACAAAUCUCAGUGUUAUAUAUGGUGACUUAUAUGUAGUUUGAUAAUACAUGUACUUUGAAAUUUGAACUUUAAUAUUAAGUGACUUUGUAGCAGUUCAAAUGUCAGUAAACUUGCCUCCAAUUCUCAUUCUCUUUAAGAUUGGAAAUCUUAACAGUUUGCCCUUAUGCUAGUACUUUUGUGAUUCGAAAUGCAAAAACAAUGUAUAGUCAUUUAUCUACACUUUCAGCAAGACUGAAUUAAAGUUGAUGAAAGACAUUGUAUGAUCAUCAAUCACUGAAUGAAGUA